AUGGAGGACGACAAGCUUCCACAGCCUCUGUUGGGAGAAACAUCAGACAAAUUGGGGUCUAAAUGUUUCCACCUAGCAUCGUCCUCACCUGUAAAGUGGAAGCUUCAUCCUGUGGUCAUUUUCACUAUUCUGGAUUCAUAUAUGCGACGUGAAGAGGGGCAGCACAAUAUCAUCGGGACCUUGCUUGGUGUAAUGUGCGAGGGAAAUGUUGUCGAGAUCACAGACUGCUUCGUGGAUCGUCAUUCUCUCACCGAGGAGGGUCUUCUUCAAAUCAUCAAGGAUCAUCAUGAGAAUAUGUAUGAUCUUAAGCAGAAGGUAAACCCAAAAGAACAAGUCGUCGGUUGGUUCAGUACGGGAGGUGAGAUGACUGAGCUCACAUGUGCGGUACACGGAUGGUUUAAACAAUUCACCUCAGUUUCUAAGUUUUACCCACAACCGAAUUUAUAUGAGCCUAUCCACCUAUUGGUGGACGCUGCUUGCGAUUCCGGGUCAAUGGGUAUCAAGGCUUACAUUCAAAUGCCGUUAACCCUUACUAAGGACGCAUGCUUCCAGUUCCACGAGGUGGACCUGGAACUUAUGAUAUCACCAUCAGAUUCUGUUGGUGUGUCCACAUUGCUUAAGUCGAUGGAGAGCGCCAAGUAUCGCAAAUUCGACCGUAUACGUACAACAUCUACAUUCGAUCUGUCCUUGACAAAAUUAUCCGAACUAUUAGAUGCUUGUAUCAAGCGCAUCGAGGCGGCCCUUGCUGGUCAUAAAAAUGCGGCUAUAGAUCCUGAACUUGGUCGCUUUUUGUUGAAGGCAACAACUACGGAUAGUAUCAUAAGCCAAUCCAAGCUGGAGAAAUUAUCUGCGCUUGCAUUGCAGGAUAACUUGAUGAUUGCCUAUCUUUCUAAUUUGGCGAAUUUGCAAUUUGCUCUUGCGGAGCAUUUGAACGCCUCAUUCUAA